AUGGCGUCCUACGUGGACAUGAGCUUAGAUGAUAUUAUUCAGAAAAAAAAACGCGGCAGUCCUAAAAAAUUUGUACCAAAGAGACUAGUAGGACCUGUGCGGAGGCCAGCAGUUUUAGAUGCCAGAAAUAAAAUACUUUCUAAAAAAAGAACUCAAAUAAAGGAUGCCAGGGAAAAAUUAAUAGAAAUUGCUCAACAGAAGGAUGCACGUUUAAAGUUGCAACAAUUACGAGCAAAAAAGGGCAUAACUACAUCAACAGCAUCAAACUCAAAUAGCAAAAAAUAUAAAAGACUGAAUCUCCAGUCAGAAAGAGUAUUUUCUGACCCAUCUAGGUUAGUUGUUUCUCAACCUUUGCAAACAAGACAGAGGCAAACCAAACAAAAACGAUUUAUGGAAGAGAGACUUGUUGCACCAAAAUCGCAUUUAAAACUUCCAUUGAAACCUAUAGUUCGAACAAUUGAAAAUGAUCUUGAAAUCAUAGAUGAUCCUAUGGGGGAUGACUAUGGACCUACUACAGCAAUACUUGCUAAUCGAAAAACAAGUUUACAACUGAAAAUUGUAACACACAACAAUGAUAACCAAAGAAUGAUGGUUAGAACAAGGGAAAAAAGUCCACCAAGACCACCAUCUAUACUUAAAAAGAGACCAAUGGCUGCUUUAAAAAUUGGUAAAAAAGAACAGGAAGUUGAAAAACCGUUGCUAGAGUACCGCAUAAUUGUUAGUAAUUUAAGAGAUACUGUGACAGGGGCAGAUAUCAAGGAGUUAUUUGGAGAUGUGGGUGGAAUGCUAGAGUCUCGAUUGGUCAGACCUGGUACAGCAGAAGUGAUUUACAAGACUGUUGAAGAUGCACAAAGAGCUGUUGAUUUGUAUCAUACCAGACAGUUAGAUGGACAACCAAUGAAUUGCCUUCUUGUCACCCCACGUGCCUCCAACAACUUGGCAAAGAGCAGCUCCAAACCAGCACUAGUCAGCAGCAAUUCUAAUGUGGAACCCGAUAUUUCAACAUUUCACAAAGUGCUCUUUAGUAAUUUUUAA